AUGAGUUCCUCGGCUGCAAUGUCAAUCAGAAAGUCGGGGCCUCGAGUCAUUCGCCCGGCAUCUUCCCAAUGGGUGGCCACACAUACUUCAAAUCGGAGUAUAUGGCGAUGUGCACGAAACGGUCAGGGAGACAAGACAGAACCUAUCUCACGACGUUUUGACAAAUAUCAGCGAUACCAUCUAUACAAUCGGCAAAAGCCCGAAACUCGCCGGGACAGCAAUGCUACUCCCAACGAUACACACUCAAGCCGGGGCUGGGCAGCUUGGCUUUCUCAGUCAAACUUCCCCGGCCUCCCCACUGGGCUGAAGAGAAGGCUUUGGGAUUCGGACUCAGGGCAGAUGCACAAACACAUUGAGUUGCUGAAAAAGUACAUAGAGGCAGACCCUUACAGGGCCGUCUUUGGGCGCCGAUUGGACCCCUUUCAGAAUUUCGGCAAGAACGAUACUUCAUUGAACGGUUUCCUUCAGUCGUUUUCCAGUAUGGAAAAGCCGCCCAGUAUGGAAAAGCCACCCAAUGUGGAAAAGCCGCCCAAUGUUAGACCGAGAGUAGACAAGCGGCAAACGACAAGUGACGCCAAUCAUGUUGGACUGCAGUACAUGUACGACCCUAUCAGUGGACGCAUGGUGCCAGUACCGCCAUCCACUAAACCCGAAUCUAACGAGACGGAAGCAGAAAUCAACCCUCAUAAAGCGGUUGACUGCCCCCCAGGCGCUGAAGUCGAGGCAAAAUUCGCCCACAACCCCAGUUUGGCCGAGGAUGGACAGUUCCAGCCGGGAAACACAGGACUGAGCCCCGAAGCCCCAUCGAGCUCACAGUCAACCGUUGACUGUCCUCCAGGCAGUGAUCUAGAUGCACUCUUUACCUCAACCCCCACAUCUCAGGAAGUGCAGGGCAGGGCUCAAGUUCCUCAGGAAACUAAACGAAAGCCCUUUGUAAACAUCGAUUGCCCUCCUGGAAGUGAAUUGGAAGGAUUGUUUGUUUCUGAAUCUAUUCCUUCUGCACAGCCUCAGCCGGACACGUCUAAGGUCAAUGGAAACACCAAUAGACUGAAUCUGGAUGCCGGUUUGACUGCGGGCACCAAUGUGGAAUGCUCCCCGGGAAGUGAGCUGGAGGCCAAGUUCAUCUCUGAUCCUGCCAGCGGCUCUGUCCAGGGUUCUCCGUCUGAGUUGGAGACACAACCCCCGAACAAGCAAACUGGUAUUUCAAUUGAUUGCCCACCAGGCAGCGAGCUGGACGCAAAGCUUCCUUCUGAGCUCGGUAGUCUCAGUCCUGAGUCCGAUGGUCCUGUUCAUCAAACGACUAAUACCGCCGCCAUGACAGGCGCCCAAGAAAGCUUUGAGUGCUCUCCAGGUAGUGAAAUUGAAGCACAUAUUUUAUCAGAGUCGGCUAGCCAGGACGUUGCUCAAUCGGAAGCCAAGAUCUCUGUUGAUUGCCCUCCUGGGAGCGAACUGGAGGCCAAAUUUAUCUGCAACCCAGCUUCAAUUGAGGAAAAGCAAUCACAGCCAGAACUACCUGUUGGCCUUGAUACAUCCAAGAUAGCCAAGGAUGUUGUCGACUGUACACCCGAGAAUGGAUUAGAGGCAAAACUCGUUUCUGAGAUGGCGAGUGCCGAGGGUCCCAAUGAGAACAAGGACCUGAGUGCCUUGGAUGCUAAUGACAUUCGCUCUCGUUAUGAUCAUUUGGAAUCAAAGGCACAAGCCAAUCCGCUGGAUUUCGACGCUUCCGAAGACCGCGUUGGUGACUUCAUUCUCAAAAGCCAGAACCUAGCCACUGAAAAAGGAGAGCAACCAGCAGCCCCCCAAACCUCUUCCCCUAAAUUUCAUAUUCUAGCCUUUGAUACGUCGACGUCGCAAGUCUCAGCUGCACAAGCAGACUCAUUCUUCGGUGUCGAUGAAGAUAGUGGGCCAAGUGAAAUCCUGUCUCGAUUGCAUAACCCCGCCAAAUUCCUACCCUAUUUCGAGCAGAUGCAAAAAGAUGGUUACGAAAUUGCAACCGGCGGAGGCAACAUCCUUGUCUUCCGAAAGGCUCAAAGCACCCCUCGUCAUACCCCCUCAAAUACCGCAACAGAUCAAGAACCAGCAAUUCACGCCGAAAUUGCCAAACAUCUUCGCCACGACUCAAUGGACUCCGCCGCCACAUACGACGGAGUCCGAGCUCCAUGGCAAUCCACCACUGAGCCUCCUUCAGCAACCGGAUCCUCUAGCUCCGAGCCCGAACCAACCACAAAAUCCGAGUCUUCGUUUCGCAAAAUAGGUCGCAGAAUGCUUAUUGCAGGCACAGCUACCGCCGCAACGUGUUAUGCUAUCGGAGCCAUAACCGAGUUCUUCCGCACCGGUGGAAUUGAUGGGCGGGGAAUUGAUGGGUUUACUGUGUUUGAAUCAGAGCGACGUAGUCGGGAGUAG